AUGAUAAUAUUCUAUUUGUUUGUCUGUCUGUCCCUGCUACAAACAUGCUUGACAGAUAAUGAUAAUAAUUACAAAAUGUACAGCAAUCAUAGAAUGUAUCAUAUUGAAGGACAUGAAGAUGGAAUGGAUAAAGCUAUGGAUUUUCUUACGAAGAAUUAUGAAAUACCAUACCAUUCAAGAACUGAAAAGGGCUGUCAUAUGCUAGUGGCUCCUGAACUAGUUCCCAUAGUGGAAGGGAUCUCAUUCACACAUGGUCUGAAUACAAAAGUCAUUUACAAUGAUUUUUCUGAAUUAAUUCGGAAUGAGAAGAACAGAACGAGAAGGACCAACAAUGAAUUCUCUUGGACUGCUUACUAUGACGUGGAUGACAUUUACAACUAUCUCCAAAACAUGAGUGACGAGCAUCCACAAUGGGCGCAGUUGGUGGUCGGGGGCCAGAGCUACGAAGGUCGUCAGAUCUUGGGGCUUAGGAUCAACACACCUACUAAUGUAGACAAACCUGUCAUGUUUAUUGAGUCAGGUAUUCACGCAAGAGAAUGGAUAGCUCCUGCCACGACGACGUACUUUAUCAACGAACUGCUGACCAGCUCAGACCCAGAGAUCAUGGAAAUGAGAGAUCAGUUUGACUGGCACAUCUUCCCAACUGUCAACCCUGAUGGAUACCACUAUAGUUACACAAGAGAUCGAAUGUGGAGGAAAACUAGGUCUCCGUCAGAUAAUGGAUGCUAUGGUGCUGACCCUAAUAGGAAUUGGGACUACAAUUGGUUGGAUUACGGUGCAUCAAGCAAUCCGUGCAAUUACCAGACUUAUGGUGGCUCUAAACCAUUCUCCGAGAUUGAGACCAGGACUCUCUCGGAGUAUAUAUCAGGGCUGGAGAACAUGCUGGGGUAUAUCGCAUUCCACGCUGAUGCACAAAUGUUGCUGCUACCAUACUCCGAUUCCAGCGAACAUAUCGACAACUAUGAUGAUUUGAAACAAAUAGGAGAUGCAUCCCUCAGCCGCGGUUAUGCAGUAAAUAAAGCGAAGUACGGUGGCCCCGGGACAGCUUCAGAAAUAUUGUAUAAGGCAUCAGGAGGUAGUAUAGAUUGGGUCAGGUAUACCCAGGGCACUCGCCUAGUGUAUGUUUACGAGCUUCGAGGAAGAUUCUUCCAGUGGCCCGCCAGCAGGAUCCACGAACAAGGAGAUGAGGUCACACAGAUGAUGGUCGGGCUUGUCUCUGAAGCGCGCAAAUUGGGAUACUUCUAG